GUGUCAAUUUGGCAUCAUAAGUAAACAAACGUCUGAAGUUUCUUUUACAACUUUUUGUGACCAUUACAAACCGGCAUAGUCUCAUUCUAUAUUGCAUUAAUAAGAUUCUUCUUCUGGAUAAAUAUUCAAUUACAUCAAUUUAAAGCGCGAAACUAAAUAAAUUGCUUGAAGCCUUGAUCAAAGUUUUUAAUUUGUGCUGAUAUUCAUUACAUAAUCUUCAUUCAAUAAGAUCUUUAACAUCAGUGAAAUGAAAAAUCUAAAAAGUUUUAUUAACACUUUCAUUCUAAUUAAUGUGAUAUCAAGAAAUGUUUAUGCUAAACCAAACAUUGUGAUAAUUAUGGCAGACGAUUUAGGAUUUAAUGAUGUCAGCUUUCAUGGGAGCUCGGAAAUUCCCACACCAAAUAUCGAUGCUCUAGCUUACAAUGGUGUGAUCUUGAACAGGUUCUACACUCCACCACUUUGUACUCCAUCUCGUUCGUCGUUCAUGACUGGAAAAUAUCCAUCAAAGAUUGGUAUGCAUGAGUUUGUUAUUCCCAGUGAUGAACCAUGGGGAUUACCAUUGGAAGAGAAGAUAAUGCCGGAAUAUUUCAAAGAAGCCGGUUAUAAAACCGCGCUUAUAGGGAAAUGGCAUUUGGGCUUCUAUAAAAAAGCCUACACACCGACAAUGCGUGGAUUUGAUUCAUUCUUUGGAUAUUUAGGGCCUUACAUUGGAUAUUAUGAUUACACUUUAAAAAUGCACGAUCGAAACUAUUCUCGUGGCUAUGACAUGAGGCGGAAUUUGAAAGUGAAUCACAUCAAACAACCAAAACGUUAUGCGACAGAUUUAUUCACCGAUGAAGCUGUUAAUUUAAUUUCCAAACAUGAUACAAAAGAUCCAUUGUUUCUGGUUUUAAGUCAUUUAGCACCACAUGCUGGCAAUGAAUUUCCUGACAAUCCAUUAGAAGCGCCAGUGGAAGAAAUUAAAAAGUUUGAUUACAUUAAAGAUCCAAAACGACGAACGCUCGCUGCAAUGAUUUCGGUGAUGGAUCAAGGAAUUGGAAGAGUUGUAACAGCAUUAAAUGACAAAGGAAUCAUGAAUGAAACAAUAAUUCUUUUUUAUUCUGAUAACGGUGGACCAACUGAGGGUCAACACUCUACAGCAGCUUCCAACCAUCCUUUGAGGGGUCAAAAAGGAACAGCAUAUGAAGGUGGUUGUCGUGUCGUUGCAUGCAUUUAUUCGCCACUUAUUAAGCGUCCACAGAGAGUUUCUAAUGAUUUUAUGUACGUUACUGAUCUAUUGAAAUUAUUCACCACAGCUGCAAGCAUAGAAACUGAUGACGAGUCCCUUGACAGCGUCAAUCAAUGGGAAACAAUUUCAGAAGGUUUGAAGUCACCACGACAAGAAAUUCUUUAUAACAUUGAGAAUGCGGUGGGUUACAGUGCGAUCAUGUACGAUGGAUGGAAGCUGAUAAAUGGAUCCGAGAACAUGAAUACAAACACUUGGAUUGGUGUGAGUGGCUUUGAAAAUGUAAAUGUCAGCUUUAGAAGUUAUAUUAAAAAGGUUUUUGAGAGUGAAGCUGCGAAAAGUUUACCCAAAUUAUCCGCUGUUACUAUAAAAGAAAUGCGAGCUGCAGCCACAGUUACAUGUGAAAACUCAGAACAUUCUCGUGAUGUAAAAUCUACGACUGGAUUGAAACUUUUCGAAAUUAUCAACGAUCCUUGUGAACAACACGAUUUAGUUAAUGCUUAUGACGAGAAGGUCAGUUUUCUAGUUGCAUUGCUUGAAAAUCACAUUCAAAAUGUUGUGCCAUCAAAACGAAAGCUUAUGGAUCCAAAUUGUGACCCAGCACACUUUAACUACACUUGGACAUGGUGGCAGGAAGUCGACGAGAGUACGUCAAAUCAUAGUUACAAAGAUACUCUAAUUUCUAUAGCGAUUGCAAUAAGCGCUUUGUUCGUUAUUUUCUUGUUAAUUCAAGGCACGAGAACAAAAAAGGCUUUUCAAAAAUAG